CAUCCAACUAUUAUCGAUUAAACAAUAUAACGAUUUGUGCAGCUCCAAUCUACAAAUACGAAUAAUACUUUAUUUUAAAAGUGAAUGUAAACUUCAAAGUUAGAAUUCAUACAGUAUUGGGAUUUUAUGUUUGUUCAGCAUAAAAAUAAUUAACAUAGUUCUUAUAGACUGAAUAAUUAUGUUUGGUUGAAUCAAAACUUGAAUACUAGUGGUCCUAUUGACAGGAUCUGAAUUCAACGUUAUUCAGGAUUAGAGGAGACGUCACGUUACACCAUGAGUCAACCCAACAGUUUUUUUAUGCGAAGAGGCGAUUACCUCAACGAUAGAGAAAGUAACAGAAAUUAUGAUUCACAAUUUCACAACCACAGGCAAAAUAGCUAUCAAAAUGAAUAUCAAGACGCAUCAUCAUCAAAUGCGGGAAGAAACUCAGAUAGAACUUAUACAGCAGAAGAUAGAGGUUAUAAGAGUUCUCUUAAAAUGAAUGAAAAUCGCUUUAAUAACAGUAGAGAUGGUCCUUAUCGAAGUACUGAUAGGAGUUAUCAAGUUCCAUAUCACAGGAAGUAUCCUCCUUCAAGAAAUGAUUUCAAUUCAGAGUAUCAGCCAAAAUAUCAACAGUAUUCACCCAAAAAUCAAUUUCGCUCAGAUUCUCAACCAGAAACUCCACCUCGUUCCUCUACAAAUCAAUUCUGCCCAGAUAAUCCACCCCAUUCAUCAAGAAAUCAAUUUCAACCAGACUUUACUGCAUACAGUUCAUCAAAUCCCUCAAAGAAUCUAAGUCGCCCAGAGUUUCCAACAGAAUGUCAACCUUAUCCUCCAAGUAAUCAAUAUCGCCAACAGUUCCCAACAGAAAGUUCAUCAAAUCUUCCAAGUGAUAGAUAUCGCCAACAGUUGCCAACAGAAAGUUCAUCAAAUCUUCCAAGUGAUCGAUAUCGCCAACAGUCACCAACAAGAAGUUCAUCAAAUCCUUCAAGUAAUCGAUUCAGCCAACAGUUCCAACCAGAAAGUUCAUCAAAUCCUUCAAGUAAUCGAUUCAGCCAGCAGUCCCCAACAGGAAGUUUAUCAAAUCUUCCAAGUGAUCGAUAUCGCCAACAGUCCCCAACAAGAAGUUCAUCAAAUCCUUCAAGUAAUCGAUUCAGACAACAUUUCCCACCAGAAAGUUCAUCAAAUCUUCCAAGUGAUCGAUAUCGCCAACAGUUUUCAGCAGAAAGUCAACCUUGUCGUCCCGAAAGUCAAUGUGACUCAAAUUCUCUGGCAAAAAAACCAUCUUAUCCCCCAAGAAAUCAAUUUUGCUCGGAGUUUCCAACAGAGAGUUCACCAAAUCCCAUAAGAAACAAAUUCUAUACACAAGAUCAACACCAGUCAUAUAGGAAUGAAAAGUUUGAACCCCAAGAACCUAAUUGGCAUCAUCCCAAUGUGGGUGAGUUUGAAAGAAUGGUUUCAUUCAAAUGCAACCAGAAAAAUCAACAACAAUCACCUCUUGAUAGAAUUCCAGCCUUAUCCAGUCAAAAUCCACUCAACAGCUACAACAAUGAAUCAAUAAAUGCAGCCUCAAGCAAAAACGGCUCUAACGUUGGAAAUAAGUUUCAGUCCCUGAAACAGGGACUUGAUAGAAUUAAAAAUACUCCAUAUUCAAAAAAUGUCAAACAAGUAAAAGAAAAGAAUAAUAUGAAACAACAAGUCAUUUCUCCAGAAGAAUCCAAACAUGCUGAUGAGUUUAGAUUGAUAGAGCAUAUAAUCCCUGUCGAGAAAGAAUAUUCUGAAAUCACAAUUGAUGAUAUUAAGAACAGGGAAGGACCGGUUGGUGAUAUUGUUAUAAUGAACAAUAAACAUAAGGAUAAAACGUAUUUUAAAAUCUUGAAAGAAACUGCUGAAACCUGGAAUAUGCUCUUCUAUCUCAAUUCUGAACAGUGCGUGUCUGCCGAGGGAAAAAUAUCCUGGAUUGCAACUGUUCUAUUUAAUGAUGUGGAGCUGUCGAAAGCACAAGGCGAAAAUAAAGGAGAGGUUAGAACGGCAGCUGGUGCUCGUGCCCUAUGGAAACUAUAUCAGUGGUAUUUCACUGUCGAGAAAGAUGAAGCAAAAAAGACCCGGACACAUGACAUUUUGAAAGGGGACUCGGGUCUUAAUGAUUUUCAUGUUGUUCCAAAUCGAGCCAGCCAGAUAGGAGUUGCAAGCGUUAAGGCUACUUUCCAGACGAUAAAAAAUAAAAAUUUGAAUCAUUUGAGGAAGCAGAUAGAAAGUUAUGCAAACGAUCAGAAUUGUCUCGGAUAUCUGAUACUUUCGGAAAAUUUCAACGCUACCACACGGAAAAGUUUGAUGGAGUGAGUAUUUUUACUUUCCUUGCCCUAUUACCAU